GUCCUUAGCUUGAGUCUUGACCACUCCAAGGCCAGGCCGUCAUGGACGUUCUCCGCUUCGCCAGUACACAAGCUCCCCUCAAUCUACGUUGCAAGCCCCUGUCGCCGGCCGCUGCCAAUUACACCACCGUCAAGGCCGCCGGCGAUGUACAUGUAAGGAGAGCGACUAGCGGAGCUUUAAUCCGCGCUGCGCUCUCUAGGCCGGAGGCGCAGGGUUUGUCUUCUAAGUCCACAGCCGCCGCCGAGAAGCAGUUGCGGCGGCCUGAUGAAUUGCCGGUAGUGUCUCCGGGCUCGUUGACUAGUGAGCCUGGACGCGUUAUUCCGAAUCUCGCUUGCCACAAUGGAAAAGAGUCCUAUAGCUACAGAACCAUGGAGUAUUUAACAGCGAUAUUGGCAUCUAAUAAGGUAUACGAUGUAGCGCUUGAGACGCCAUUGCAGCUCGCCUCCAAGAUCACGGCCAGGCUGGGGAACAAUAUCUGGCUCAAGAGGGAGGAUCUUCAACCUGUCUUCUCAUUCAAAAUUCGAGGGGCUUAUAAUAUGAUGGCUAAACUCCCAAGAGAGGUAUUGGAUAGAGGAGUUAUCUGUUCAUCUUCUGGUAAUCAUGCCCAAGGGGUUGCAUUAUCUGCACAGAAACUUGGGUGUAAUGCUGUAAUUGUAAUGCCUGUUACUACACCUGAGAUCAAGUGGAGAUCAGUUGAGAGAUUCGGGGCAACUGUUGCUCUUGUGGGGGACUCAUUCAUUGAAGCACAAACAUAUGCAAAAAGAAGGGGUGAAGAGGAAGGCCGCACAUUCAUCCCUGCUUUUGAUCACCCUGAUAUCAUUGCUGGGCAGGGUACAGUUGGGAAGGAGAUAAUAAACCAAGCAAACUUUCCCAUACAUGCAAUAUUCGUUCCGGUUGGUGGGGGUGGGCUUAUUGCAGGCAUUGCUGCCUUUGUGAAAAUGUUUAAUCCACAAGUAAAGAUAAUCGGAGUUGAGCCAUGCGAUGGAAACUCUCUGGCAUUGGCAUUGCAUCAUGGCGAAAGAGUAAUGCUGGACAAAGUGGGAAGUUUUGCAGAAGGCGCAGCAAUCAGUGUGGUAGGCGAAGAAUCGUUCCGUUUAUGCAGAGAGUUAAUAGAUGGAGUGAUUUUUGUUAGCCGUGAUGCUAUGUGUGCCUCGAUAAAGGAUAUGUUUGAAGAGAAUAGGAGCUUUUUAGAGCCGGCAGGUGCUCUUGGGCUUGCAGGAGCUGAAGCAUACUGCAAGUAUUACAACCUUAAGGACCAAAAUAUAGUAGCAUUAACCACUGGAGCUAACAUGAACUUUGAUAGAUUAAGGUUGGUAGCUGAACUAGCAGAUAUGGUUGGUAGACAACGUGAAGCUGUUCUUGCAACCAUUUUGCCUGAAAAGCCUGACAAUUUCAAGAAAUUUUUUGAACUUGUGGGGCCCAUGAACAUUACUGAAUUCAAAUACAGACAGAGUUGUGGUCAAGGACAAACUCCAGUACUAUACAGUGUUGGUGUUCAUACAAAAGCGGAACUUGAUGCAAUGGUGGAGAGGAUGAGAGUCUCUGGAUUACAUACCAUUGACCUCACAGAUAAUGAGCUUGUCAAAGAUCAUCUACGCCAUUUGAUUGGUGGGCGAUCUAGUGUAGAGGAUGAACUUGUUUGCCGAUUUGUUUUACCAGAGAGGUCUGCAGGUGCCCUAAUGAAAUUCUUAGAUGCUUUCACCCCACGCUGGAAUAUAACUUUGCUCCAUUACCGUUCACAGGGAGAAGGUGGUGGUGGUGUAAAUGUGCUGUUUGAUCUUCAAGUUGGGAGCAACGAGAUGGAUGAGUUUAUGCAAGAAGCCAACAAUCUGGGUUACGAGUAUGCUGUGGAGACCUGUAACGAGGCUUUCCAACUCUUCAUAUGAUCGAUAUGAUGCACUAUUGAAUUGGUGCAUUAAUUGCAUACAAAUCAAAAUUUUAUAUUGUGCAACGCUUAUGACUACUAUUAUAUUCCUUAGCUUGGCAUAAUUUCUUGCAUUCACUACAUUAUAUUAUAAAAUAUAUUUUGGUAAUAAUGCAAGCAUGCAACAUAUAUGUUUUGUGCCCAUUUAUGUAGUGUACAAAUUUAUGCACGGUGCAUGUAUACACAGAUUUCAUUCCAAACUGAU